AUGUUCGACAGUGCUCGCGCCUACGUGGCGGCGCAGCUCAGGGGAGUCAGGCCUUCCGUACUAACAAAACACCCGCAUUUCAACUUCAUUACUAUCCACUACUUCUGGAUUAUUUUCGCAACAUUACUUUCUGGCGUUCUGAUAUAUGCCGGUGGCAAAGGACAACUUCACUUUAUAGAUGCUCUCAUGUUUGGCAGUGGUGCAAAUACCCAAGCCGGACUUAAUCCUGUUGAUGUCAACAACCUGAAUGGAUUCCAACAGUCUUGGAUCUACACAUUUUCUUUAUUCUCAAAUCCCAUCACGUUGCAUGGAUGUGUUGUUUUUCUCAGACUUUAUUGGUUUGAGAAACGCUUCCAGAACUGGGUACAAGAGGCAAAGUUACGCCGCCGAACCAUCAGCAAAUCAAAGUCCAAGGCACGAAACGACCUCAGUCAACUUGAAAACGGACUGGGUGUGAAUGGAAGGCGUAUUACCGUUGUGCCAGAGAAUACCAGGGCACAGCGCAUGACCAACGAUGGCAUUCUUCUGGAUAAGAUAGAGGAAGCCGAGCCCAAGCUCAAUCCGAGUAGCAACGCAAGCGAUACGACUACGGCAUCCGAUGAUCUGCAGAAAAGCGCUGAGCUUGAAGAAGAUAUCGGCCCCUUGGAUCAGCCUCGCCGGAGAGAUAUUUCAGGUGCAGACCAAAGUCGGCAAAAGAACGACACAGCAUCAGGUUUUCCAUCGCCGGAACAACACCUCACGACAGCAAUCACAUUUGCCGACACUGUUAAGCGAAGUGACGGAGUGGACGAUAAUCCUACCAAAUUCCCGCAACGACGACCUAAUGCAGAGCAUAUUGCUAUUCUUGAAAGGCAGCGAAACCAAGAUAAUGAAGUCCUCCAUAUUCCUGGACCGCGAGAUAUUGAAAGGGGUCUAGGGCCUCGACGACUUGAAGAAGGCGAUCAUCAAGAAGAUGACGAUCAACAAAUUGCCCGCCAGGCAACUUUUGACUCUCGCAUCAAUGAACCAAGCGACCCCUACGGCCAACAACAAACAGCCAUUACCUUUACUGAACCGGAACAUCCUAGGCGAGAAGAGCUGAAAAAUGAUGCCAAAGCUAUUGGCGGUACCGUUGAUAGCUUGAGAUUCAGAAAGCCGCGCUUCCUCAAUCGCUCCCAGGACAAGGUACAUGAAGACGGAGAACACAGGCCAAGAUCGAGGACCCCACAUCCACACCCUGUGCGAACCAAGACAAUGGACACCAUUCGCUCUGUCCUGUCUCGGGAUAAGACAGUGGAUGAUAUGCCAUAUCUUAGCUAUACACCAACCAUGGGCCGUAACUCGAACUUCCUCGGUCUUACACUCGAACAGCGUGAAGAGCUUGGCGGUAUCGAAUAUCGAGCAUUAAGAACUUUGGCUUUGGUGCUACUCUUCUACUUCUUCGUGUUCCACAUUCUCGGCGCCGUAUGCUUGCUUCCUUAUAUUCUUGCUAAUCAGCAUUACGGAAACGUUCUUACAGAGGAUUCCAUUGGCAAGACUUGGUGGGCGUUUUGGACCUCCAACAUGGCCUUUAUGGAUGUAGGGUUUACCCUUACACCGGAUAGCAUGAACUCAUUUGCAAAGUCCGAAUGGAUCCUGAUGUCCAUGUGGUUUUUCAUCAUCAUCGGAAACACUGGCUUCCCGGUGAUGCUGCGCUUUAUGAUAUGGGCCGCUUCUAAACUUACCCCAAAGGGUUCCGGCCUUUGGGAAGAAUUCAGAUUUUUGCUUGAUCACCCUCGUCGGUGUUUUACCUUGCUUUUCCCGUCGAAUGCGACAUGGUGGCUGUUCUGGAUCCUUAUCCUGCUCAACGCCAUCGACUUGCUCUUCUUUAUUGUGCUUGAUCUUGGAGCAGAACCCAUCACUGCCCUGCCACUCCACAACCGUGUUGUUAUUGGCCUAUUCCAAGCCGCUUCUACUCGAACUGCUGGUUUCUCGGCCGUCAGCAUGUCUGAGCUCCACCCCGCCAUGCCAGUUCUGUACCUAAUCAUGAUGUACAUCUCCGUGUUCCCCAUCGCCAUUUCUAUUCGACGAACAAACGUCUAUGAAGAAAAGUCUUUGGGCGUGUACCAUGAUCGGACCGAAGAAGACCCUGACGCUGAAGCAAGCGCCCUUGAUUAUGUAGGAACUCACUUGCGACGACAACUGUCCUUUGACUUGUGGUAUGUCUUUUUGGGCUUCUUCCUUCUCGCUAUUACCGAAGGCGGAAAGAUUGUAGGAGGCCGAUUUGAUUUAUUUUCUGUCCUCUUCGAGAUUGUCAGUGCCUAUGGAACUGUGGGUCUGAGCAUGGGCGUGCCCAACGUCAACGCAUCUCUGUGUUCACAAUUUUCUGUGCCUGGCAAGUUGAUCAUCGUGGCAAUGCAAAUUCGUGGACGCCAUCGUGGUCUACCAUAUGGCCUUGAUCGAGCCGUGAUCCUUCCGAGCGAAGCACGACUGAAGAGGGAGCAAGAAGAAGCUGACGCCACACUUGCUCGAACGAGCACUGCCGUAUCCACCGGAGCCGCAACGGGUCUGCAGCGACAGCCAACUACUGGACAGAGUCGCAGCAGGAGUCGUGAAAGAGCCAACAGCAAUUUGAUAUCCAAAUUGUUGCACCCGGGACCGGUUGUCCCACCCGAGCAUCUCGGACGACCAAGAGGGAGAUCAAUUGAGGCGUAUCAAAGGAGCAAGUCUGUGGAUGUUACAAAUGCCCUUUCAGAGCCCUCCGAUGCUCACUUAGAGCCCCCGAGAGAAGAAGAUGACGAGUUGGAACAAAUCUCGAGUUCCGAUCUCCCGCCGAAUAAACCGAGACGGACAGAGUCGUCUGCCUUUUAG